UUAAAGUUGAUUGAUCCGCCAUCUUGAAAAGUGCCCUCCGAUGGUUAAGCUUUUCCCGCCCGUCGGAGUCUGCUGUAGAUUGUUUGUUUUCCCUGUUAGGCUGCUGGUUUUCCUGAAGUUCAUGUCCGUAGUAUUUGAUUCAGAAGCCUGGUCAGCUUACCUGCCGGGGAAGCGUCACCUUGCCUUUCUUGUUGGGAAAUAUUGAUUGGUGGAGGCUGAGGUGCCUUCUGUUGCAUGCAUCCUGUUUCCAAAGCUUUCUCCUGUUGCCACUGCUUGGAGUGCCUGUAAUGGGAAAGGACUUCCAAAGAGAACAUACAUUGUUUUAUUUUUGAAUAAUCUGACCGUCACGUUACUUUUCAAACCAGUAACAGCAACAUGUUCUGGAGGUUUGACCUGUAUACAACUUCCCACAUCGACGCCCUGUUGGAGAAGGGGAACGUAACCCUGAUAGAGCUGAUGGAUGAGGAGGAUGUGUUGCAGGAGUGCAAGGCCCAGAACCGCCAACUUAUUGAUUUCCUGGUCCAGCCACAGAGCAUGGAAGACCUGGUUGGCUAUGUCACCCAGGAGCCCAGUGAUGACAUGGACGAGAAGCUUAAGUACAAGUUCCCCAACAUAUCCUGUGAACUCCUCACAUCGGAUGUGAGUCGAAUCAACGACAAACUGGGUGAGGACGAAAGCUUGCUUACAAAGCUCUACAGCUUUCUGCAACAUGACCCCCCUCUCAACCCCCUGCUGGCAAGUUUUUUCAGCAAGGUGCUGAGCAUCCUUAUCCGCAGGAAGCCUGAUCAAAUUGUAGAGUUUCUCCGUAAGAGGGACGACUUCGUGGACCUAAUGAUAAGGCAUAUAGGGACCUCGGCCAUCAUGGACUUGAUGCUCAGGAUGUUGACCUGUAUUCAUCCAGAGCAGCUUAGGCAAGAUGUCUUAAAUUGGCUGAAUGAGGAGAAGGUUAUCCAGCGGCUUGUUGACAUGGUACAGCCAACUCUGGAUGAGGAUAAACACUCUAAUGCAUCCCAGUUGCUAUGUGAAAUAAUUCAUCUAAGCAGAGACCAGAUGUUCCAAGUUCAGGGUGGCUCAGAGUCAGACCCCCUAUUGGUCACUCUGGAAAAGCAGGAGACAGUGGGACAGUUACUGUCCAACAACUUUGACAAAGAGAGGAACGACUCUGCUAUAGUCAGUGUUAUACAGAUACUGUUGACUCUGUUUGAAAUGCGAAAGCCUGCUUUUGAAGGUCACUUGGAGAGCUGCCCCCCCAAUAUGAACCACCCAUCGUUCUCAGUCAGUCCGACUGUGCUGGAGGCUGUCAAACCAAGGCUAAAGGACUUCCACCAACUGCUGCUUGAGCCCCCAGAGAAAAAUGUCUUGAAAACUACAUGGGGAGUGCUGGAUCCCCCAGUCGGCAAUGCACGUUUGCAUGUAGUCCGACUGGUUGCUAGCCUUCUUCAGACAAACACACACACGAUCAACCUUGAGCUUAUAGACCUCAACACUGUUGGAGUCAUACUUGAUAUGUACUUCAAAUAUAUAUGGAAUAACUUUUUGCACAUACAAGUUGAAAUCUGCAUAGCAAUGAUUCUGACCUUACCUCCAACUCAAAGUGCAAGUCCCAUUAUCAAUGGCGACAAUGACUCUGAGUCUGUCAGGGAAAACCUUCUUGUCCAGCAUCUGUUUCAGAAGUGCCAAUUACUGCAGAGAAUACUUGAUGCCUGGGUCUCCAAUGAAAAGGAGCAGGCCGAAGGCGGAAGGCGCCGAGGAUACAUGGGCCAUUUGACUCGGAUAGCUAAUUCUGUGGUGCACAACAGUGACAAAGGGCCCAACAGCAUGCUAAUACAGCAGCUUAUUUCAGAGCUCCCUGAGGAUGUCCGAGACGCAUGGGAUGCAUUUAUUUCUGGGCAGCUAGCAGAUAUUAACAAGAAGAACACUGUAGAUUUAAUAAAUACACACAUUCAUCCAUCCAGUAAUGAUGAGGUAGACUUUAAAAGCACUGGAUUUCGUCAGGAUUCUGCCUUACAACAAGCCUUCUCUGAUUAUCAGAUGCAACAAAUGACGUCCAAUUUUAUUGAGCAGUUUGGCUUCAAUGAUGAGGGGUCCGCUGAGCAGGAUGAUGUUGUGGAUAUUGCCUUUGACAGAAUAUCUGACAUCAAUUUUUCUUUAAAUACAAAUGAAAGUGCUAAUAUUGCCCUCUUUGAGGCAUUCUGCAAGGAAAAGAUCCAAGAAUGUGAAGACGCAGGCUCUGACGAGGAUGACAUUUGGGAUGAGAAAGAUGUCACUUUUGCACCAGAAACACAGAGGCGCCCCAGAAGUUCUGGCAGUACAGGCAGUGAAGAGAGCACAGAUUCUGAAGAGGAAGAUGGUAAACGUGACCCUUUUGAGCCCAGCAACACGAGCUCUGAUGACCGAAUGGAGGUUAACUCUGCCUGGACCAGCAGCUUUGACAUUCCCAUGGAGAUUGGCUGCUCCACAGGAACAGGGCCUCCCACAGCUGUGGAUGCUUCACAAACUCUGAUGCCAAAAUCAGUAGGAUGCAGUUCAGAAAACUCAUCCCAAGGGAAAAAGGAUGGAUGGGCAGACUUCUCCAAUUUCCCGGGAUCUGUGAGUCCCAACAAUCCUCUAAGAAGUUGCUCCCCAGUGGCUAUGGAGACAAGCUCAGAAGAUCCCCUGACUGCUGGCUUUGCAGCUCAGUCUGAAGCAGAAGUGGAGCAGUGGCCAGGUCAGGAGUCCCAACCUGCCACAAUGGUUGGAGAGGAGGAGGAGGAGGAGGAUGAGGAGCUGACCACUGAUCGUGUCACUGAUACUGUCGCCAAUGGCUCCAUGAAGGAGACAGUCAGCCUUACCGUAGAUGCCAAAACAGAGACUGCCGUUUUCAAAAGAGUGUUGAAAUCCUUUUGUGAGGACAAGUCACCUACCUCUGGAGACCCAUCCACAAAAUAUGCUGUCACUGAGGAUGCUGUGUUGGUGAGAACUGAAUCAAGCCCACCAGCCAGCAACAGUCAGCAGCAUAGACCGGACAAGCAGGUUCAGGCGCCGGAGGCAGUGAAUGGUCCGGCUUGAUGGUGGUGGAGCCCCCGCAGGAGAUGGAGCCGACACUGCACAAAAUUCAUCAGUUGAGGACCAGCAAUACUAAUACUAGAUUUUAAAUGCUGUUGUACAGGGACUUUCAUAUGUAUGAAGAUAAAUAUGCUGUAAUGGAUGAGAAUUUUUUUAUGCCAUUGUUAUUAAAUGAUCUGCCUGAUGCCUGCCACACUGCUUUCACAGUAAUGUUUGUGUAGUUAACAUUUAUUGUAUGGAAGUAUUUUUAUAAAAGUAAAAUCUGUAUAGAAACUUACGCAUAAUUAUACCAAUUGGAAUAUUAAAGUAGUGUUUUUAAUUGAAA